AUGUCUCCCAGCUCAAGAGCCGAAUCGAUGCCUAAGGAGCCGAAGAAAAAAAUCAAGGGCGCUCAGCCCUCCAACGAGCCCAAAGGCUUCGAUGAAGGCGCGCUCGCCAAGCUCACGUCCAAGCUUGACAAGAGCCUGAGCGCCAACGAUCACAAGCGAAAGAAGCCGCCCACCAAUGCUUCGAGCAAGCAGCAGUCCAAGAGACAGCGCGCGUCCGAGGCCAUACCGCCUCAGGAUGGCUCCAAGGACCGCCAAGACGACCAGGCGGCGCUGCUGGCGGAAAUCAAGGCGCUAGGAGGAGAUGAGCAGGACCUGGAACUCAUCAACGAGGUGGACUCGGACGACGAGAACUACGCCCAGGAUUCAAAGCGCUCGGUUGAUAAGAACUUGAAGCAGGAGCUGGCAGCUCUGUCUAAGGAGCUCGGCUUUGCCGAAUUCGAACCCCAAGAAGCCAGUGAUGAGGGGGAAAUCCAGGACGAAGACGAAGACGAAGACGAAGACGAAGAGGACGAAGACGCUGACGACGCUGACGAGCCUCCGGCCGAGACUGACAAUGGGGGUGCCAAUCGCAAGCCGGGGGGCAUGAUUUUCGAGCCACUGGCAGAAUGGCAUGCUGCCAGCCUAGGCAAGCUGCCUGGUCCGACGUCUGACCAGCUCGGCCCCUUUACGUCCUCUGUCGAAUCUCUCAAAAAGCACGCCAAGUCUCUUUUGGAGCAGGAUACGGCCAAGUACAGGACCAGUGUCUUUGCUUCCUCGUCACACAAGUUUCUGUCUACCAUCAUGUCCUCCGGUACCCUCACCGACAAAGUUUCGGCCCUCACGUUGGCGGUCCAGGAGUCGCCAGUCCAUAACAUUCGCGCACUCGACGCCCUUCUGAACCUGGCCUCCAAGAAGAGUCGGGCUCAGGCGAUUGGUGCAAUUGGUGCCCUAGUCGAUUUGUUCGGACCGGGCACUCUCCUUCCGUCGGACAGGCGCCUGCGAGCCUUUCAGAGCCAGCCCGGACUGGGCACUUUGCAGCGGAAGUCGGUUAAAACAUGGUCUCCCGGCCAGCCGCUUCCUGGCAAGAUCACGGAAGCCCAUCUGGUUGCGUGGAUAUACGAGGACUGGCUGAAGGAGACCUACUUCAAGAUUAUUCAGUUGCUUGAAUCGUGGUGUUCAGAUGAGAUCGAGUACUCGCGCAUGAAGGCGGUGGAUUUUGUUUACGGCCUUCUCAAGGAAAAGCCCGAGCAGGAGUCCAACCUACUCAAGCUUCUUGUCAACAAGCUGGGCGACAGGGAUCGCAAAAUAUCGUCUCGCGCUUCCUAUCUUCUAUUGCAGCUGCAAGUCUCUCACCCUGGGAUGAAGCCCAUUGUCAUCCGCAUGGUGGAACAGGAUAUUCUCCUGCGCCCUUCUCAGGACGCGCGAUCCAGGUAUUGCGCAAUCAACACCCUCAACCAGACCAUCCUCAGCAGCAAGGAGCCCUCUGUUGCCGAGGAGCUCAUCCGCAUCUACUUCGACCUGUUUGUGACGUUGCUGAAAACUGGAGUUCAGGGGAAACCGGUAGAAAAGAAACAUAGCAAGCCGGGGACACCGAAGCCGCCCGUGCCGGACACUGAGGCUGCGGACAAGCUUGUGUCGGCCAUCUUGACUGGCGUCAACCGUGCUGCGCCCUUUGUGACGACUAAUGACGCUUUCAUGGAACACCAUCUCGACACGCUUUUCAAGAUUGCGCACUCGACCAACUUGAACACGGCCAUCCAGGCUCUGCUCUUGAUCCAGCAUCUCGCAUCGGCGAGGAACCUGGCGACGGACCGCUUCUACCGGACGCUCUACGAGUCGCUGUUGGACCCUCGGCUAGUGACGUCUUCCAAGCAAGCGCUUUAUCUCAACCUGCUUCUCCGAUCCCUGAAGAGCGAUGUCGACGUUCGACGGGUCAAGGCCUUUGCAAAGAGGAUGCUGCAAAUCGCAGGCCUACAUCAGCCUCCGUUCAUCUGCGGCCUCCUCUACGUCAUUUCCAGUCUUCGGCAAACGUUCCCUGACCUGUCGACUCUCGUGGACGAGCCGGAGACUUCCGUGUUUGACGACGACGAGUCCAAGGAACAGGGCAUGUACGAUGGGCGGAAGCGCAACCCUGAACACAGCAACGCCCAGAGAAGCUGCUUGUGGGAAAUGGUCCCUGCUCAAAUGCACUUUCACCCAUCUGUCAAAGUCUCUGCGGCUGUGUUACUGGACAAGGAUCGAAAGAUGCCAAAACCAGAUCUGGAGAGUCAUUCACUCAUCCGCUUCUUGGACAAGUUUGUGUAUAAGAAUCCAAAGUCGACACACGGUGCACGUGGGGUAUCCAUCAUGCAACCGCUGCGGGCGACCAAGGAUCUGGGCGACGUGUGGCUGGGCAGCAAGGGUGCAGGCGCCACGACGGCGCCCCUCAAUUCGGCGACUUUCUGGAAGAAGAAGGUCGAGGACGUUGCUGCCGAAGACAUCUUCUUCCACGAAUACUUCCAGCACGUUUCGAGGGAUACCAAGGAGCCGCUUGCCAAGGCGCCGGCCGACGGGGAUGAUGAGAAUGCCGAAGAUGAGAUCUGGGAGGCGCUGGUGUCGACUCAGCCCGACAUUGAGGCAGACGGCGACCUGGAGGAUGAGGACGAGGACGGGGAGGAUGACGGGGACGAGGGUAGCUCGGACGGCCUGGUGGCGGUUGGCGAAGACGAUGAGGAGGAAGCAAAGGACGAAGACACGGCCAAGACUAAGAGGUCACGGCGGAAGGCGCUCAGGGACUUGCCUAUGUUUGCAUCGGUGGACGACUACGCAGAGUUGCUGGGAGGGGAGGAAGAGGGCGUCUAG